UGCUGCAGCGCCAGCAAACAGUUGAUUUCUUACUUAUGGCUCCGUUUAAUCAGACUUAUAUGGGUGUGGCGAGCAGUUAGACUUAUGCCCAACUCACUCACUGGAGCGGCGAGAUGUUCCCGGUAUCUGGCCUGAAUGUGGCCGAGAUAGAUGCGCCGUGGGCGAUUUCCAGUUAAGCGAGUUAAGCGAGCAGCUCACAUGAGCUUUUUCUGCAGAAAGAGCGCCGACCCUCAUGUUCAGAGUCGGUCUGUUGUCCAGCGUUCAAGUCAAAUAACUCUGUAAGACGUCCUGGCUCACCGCAAAUAUAAAACAAGAGGAUGACCGACCCUGAGAAAUCACUCCCCUCACGCCCCCCAGCAGACCCCUGACACACACUCACGCACGCACAGAAGCCGGAGACGACACACACUCCUCCAGCAGUGUGUCUCCGGAGGGCGGCUGGGCUCGGCUCCUUCAGCGGCAGCUCCGCGGAACUGCAGGCGGGAAAGAAGCGCGCAGGCUCGGCGUGAGCGUCGGCCAGCUCCGCGCUAGCAGACACUAGUUUUCCUCGCCACACGACGCUCCCCUGUUACGUGUACUAGCUUUUUUAUACUGAGGCGAGUCAUAUCACUUCAGCGGCGAGGGGGAGUGUGUUCGAGUGUGUGAGUGAGUGAGUGAGUGUGUGUGAGUGAGAGAAAGAGAAAGAAAGUGAGAGAGCUCAGCGAUAUCAUCGUCUCCUCUGCCGGACUUAGCAGCAGCGCAGCGCCGCCGUUCUCGCUGCUGGGAUCGUUUCACCACUAACACUCGGAUUGCCUUCUUCCUCAGCGAGAGCCCUUUUUCUCUCGUCUUCCCCCUCCUUUUUUAAAUUUUGCUCUUUUGGUCCGACAUGGAAGAUGGUCCGCCUUCAACAAGCUGUUUCAGAAGGUUUACGGACUGUUUCCUCGGCUCAAGUCUGACAGAUGAGAAAGUGAAGGCCUACCUUUCCCUGCACCCCCAGAUGCUGGAUGAGUUUGUGCUGGAGAGCGUGAGUGCAGAGACAGUGGACAGAUGGCUGAAACGGAAGAACAGCAGCCGGCCUGCAGAUGACCCCUCAACUAAAGAAGUCAGCAGGUUGCAUGGUGUGUGUCUCUUGUGUCCAGCAGUACCAGGACACUAACAUGCAGGGCGUGGUUUAUGAGCUCAACAGCUACAUGGAGCAGCGGCUGGACACAGGCGGCGACAACAAACUCCUGCUGUACGAGUUGUGCAACAUCAUCAAAACAGCCACAAAAGCUGAUGGUUUUGCACUUUACUUCCUUGGAGAAUGCAACAAUAGCCUCUGUUUGUUCACGCCGACGGGGGCGAAGGAGGGGCUUCCUGGGCUCAUCCCCUCCGGUCCCAUUGCAUUCGGGACCACUAUCGCUGCUCACGUCGCCAAGACGCGCAAGACACUACUCGUAGAAGACAUCAUGGGGGACGAGCGGUUCCCCCACGGCACAGGGCAGGACUCAGGGAUUCGUGUUCACUCUGUUCUGUGUCUCCCCAUCCUCACCGCCAUCGGUGACCUCAUCGCCGUGCUGGAGCUGCAUCGCCACCUGGGCAGAGAGCCUUUCAACCUCAGCCACCAGGAGGUUGCCACAGCAAAUUUGGCAUGGGCUUCUGUAGCUAUUCACCAAGUGCAGGUCUGCAGAGGUCUGGCCAAGCAGACAGAGCUCAACGACUUCCUUCUAGAUGUGUCAAAAACAUACUUCGACAACAUUGUGGCAAUAGAUUCUCUACUUGAACAUAUUAUGAUAUAUGCAAAAAACCUGGUGAAUGCAGACAGGUGCGCCCUCUUCCAGGUUGAUCACAAUAACAAAGAACUGUAUUCUGACCUGUUUGAUAUUGGGGAGGAGAAUGAAGGGAAACCGGUCUUUAGGAAAACCAAAGAAAUUAGGUUUUCUAUAGAGAAAGGCAUCGCUGGUCAAGUGGCGCGGACAGGAGAGGUGUUGAAUAUUCCAGACGCCUAUGCAGACCCACGGUUCAACAGAGAAGUGGACCUCUACACUGGCUACACGACACGGAACAUCCUGUGCAUGCCCAUCGUCAGUCGGGGAACCGUUAUAGGCGUCGUGCAGAUGGUGAACAAGCUGAGCGGAAGUGCCUUUACUAAAACGGACGAGAACAACUUUAAGAUGUUCGCUGUCUUCUGUGCUCUGGCCUUACACUGUGCAAAUAUGUAUCACCGGAUCAGACAUUCGGAGUGCAUCUACAGGGUGACGAUGGAGAAGCUUUCAUAUCACAGUAUCUGCACAUCAGAGGAGUGGAAGACCCUCUCACAGCUGACCCUUCCAGCCCCCAUAUACAAAGAGAUUGAGCUGUUCCACUUUGAUAUCAGCCCCUAUGAGGAGCUCUGGCCUGCAGUCUUUGUGUACAUGAUCCACAGUUCAUGUGGAAAAAACAGUUUUGAGCUGGAGAAACUGUGUCGCUUCACUAUGUCUGUACGGAAGAAUUACAGACGAGUUCCAUACCACAACUGGAAACAUGCGGUGACAGUGGCCCACUGCAUGUACGCCAUCCUUCAGAAAACCUCUGAAAUCUUCACCGAACUGGAGAGGAAAGGCCUGCUGAUAGCCUGCUUGUGUCAUGACCUGGACCACCGGGGCUACAGCAACAGCUACCUGCAGAAGUUUGACCAUCCACUGGCAGCCCUCUACUCCACGUCCACCAUGGAACAGCACCAUUUCUCCCAGACUGUGUCUAUCCUGCAGCUGGAAGGGCACAAUAUUUUCUCCAACCUGACUUCCAGCGAGUACGAACAGGUGCUGGAGAUCAUCCGCAAGGCCAUCAUCGCCACCGACUUGGCACUCUACUUCGGCAACCGCAAGCAGCUGGCCGAUCUGCUGAGCACAGGGGCACUGGAUCUGAACAACCAUGCGCACAGAGACCGCGUGAUUGGUCUGAUGAUGACUGCGUGCGAUCUCUGCUCUGUUACCAAACUGUGGCCUGUCACUCGCCUCACAGCCAAUGACAUCUACGCAGAGUUCUGGGCUGAGGGGGAUGAGAUGAAGAAGAUAGGAAUGCAACCUAUUCCAAUGAUGGACCGGGAUAAGAAGGACGAGGUUCCGCAGGGACAGGUGGGGUUUUAUAAUGCAGUGGCCAUUCCCUGUUACACCACCCUGACAGAGCUGUUCCCUCCCUCUGCUCCUCUUCUUAGUGCCUGCAGGGAGAACCUGGGCCAGUGGGAGAGAAUAGUACGAGGGGAAGAGCCAUCCACCUGGGUGCCGUCUGAGGAGCGCGACCCGAGCGAGCUGUCGGAGAGUGGACCGGUCAAAGUGGACAACUGACCCUGACUGCAGCACUGCCCGAACCCUGCCAGAGACACUGGACUUCCUUUAGAACAGUCCCACUUCUGGUGGAGACGAGGGGGAGCAGAGAGGCCGGGCAGGAAAGGUGAUAUUCACCGAGCAACUAAAGGAAAAACUUAAAAAAAUGAAUAAAUAAAUAAAAUAAAAAAUGAAACAUAGAGUUACCUCAGCAGGUGAUGGAGGUGUAGAGCUCUGACCCUGACGGCUCUCGUGGUCAACAGCCAGGACUUGGGAUCGAGUCACCACAACCCUGCUCUGGGUGGGAGCACUUUUGGUCAGAAUUGGACUUCUUUAGCUUCAAGAGUUUUCCUCUGAUUAUCGCUUUUGCUUUUUUUUUGGUUUUGGGGUCAAUUUCAUUUUUAUAUUUUCAAAUUGUGUUUCUUUUUGUGGUCUUAUAUUUGAAGAGGCCUUAAUACCUGAACCUCCGGUACAAGUCGGAGCUCCACAGCUGGUAACUGGGGUUCAGGUCGUCUGAAAUAGCAACUUAUUCCUGCUGUGGUGAAGAAAAAAAACGAGCAGAACCUGCUUGGGAGUUGCUAUUUUUUAAGAGAGACGAAAGGAAUGUUUCACGAAGGUGCGCGGGGGCGCAGCCGAGCGCUCCGCACCGGCGGCCUCGUGUUAAUUUGCGCAAAAACGUUUGCAGUACUUGAAUGAAGAAAUACAGCCUAUUCUAUGUGGGGAGGAGUACAAAGAGAAAAAAAGAAAAGAAACAAACCCUGCAGCACAUCUGUCCAAAGCAAAGAGCUGUUGUGACGGAAGAAGUUAGAUAAUUCUGAACCUCACCGGAGUCACACGAGAGUCACAAUGUUCCUCCACCGAAAUCUAUGACCGUUCAAACUGAUGUACAAAUCAGCUUUUGAUCCUCUAGUCCUAAUAGAGCUUGACCUUGGGCAAUCCGUUCGUUUCCAGGGAAACCAGUAAUGCAUGUUCCACACUGAAUGUUGAAACGUUACAGUGGAGCCGACACGUGAAGUAAUAACAGCAUAGUCUCAUUAAGAGUAAUGGAUGACUGCUAAUGGUACUGAGUGUCAGUCGCGCAGUUGAUUAUUUUUUACAAAUAAAAUAGGGUGGAUUACUGUUGAUGAAUUGACACGACAUACAAAGGACAUCUUAUGCACAUAAUGAGCCAUGAUUUGAAUGUUUCUUCAGUGCUUAAUUCUUUUUGAUGAUGUUCUCUGAGCAGAGGGAAGUUAAACUACAGUUCCGGUCAUGUUUUGCUCUUUCCCCCAAAAUGUUAGAUUCUAAAGCAGCACUUUUAAGGAGUGUCUAUAAAAUUAAAUAAGACAUUUGCUGAAAAAUGAACAAGAUCACACUGUAAAAAUGAUUCAAUGUAAAAAGUAAGUAACCAGAUUGUCUUUAAAUUUUUAGUUUUCUGAACGCAGAUUAUUACUGUGUUAACUUAUUAUUAGAAGAAGUUUGAAGGCAGCCAGGUUCAUACAGAUGUACUUUAUUUUAAAGUUAAAACACUGAAUGAUUUUAGUGAAGAAAAACAAUCAGGUCAAAAACAAGUGAAAGGCUUAGACAAUUAAAGAUCCUUUGAAAGUCUUUAGAACGUCUCAAUCCUAAAGUAACAAAGCAAUUAAGCAAUCAUUGUCUUUCCAUUUAGAUGUUUUGAAUUAUUUAAAAAAUGGUGAAAUGGUAGUGAGUGUGGAUGUGCAGUGAAACCGAGAGCCGUUUCCUCUGUGCUGAAGUCACAGAGGAGAUGAAGGCGGUUUAUUGGCUGAGCUUGAACAUCAGCACUCUUAGCUAGAGUGAAACUCCAAAUACUGAAUACUGUACGACAGUGUGUGAAGAUACAACUGAGAUAAAAAAGCCAAAAAUGAAAUCUUCUGAAUCUGUUCCGUUGUGUGCAAAAGUUUUGGUGCCCCAGUCAAAUGCCUCGUUGAUUUGCUAAGUGAAAAUGAUUUAAUACAUCCUCUACAGAGAACACACUUCUGCACAUUUUACUGCACAGUUAUGGUUUAUUUACUGAUUUUAACAUAUGAAAAAUAAAAAUUAAACAAAAUGUGACGAAAGUGAUGCCGCAUUGCAUAUUUUGCGUUUUAUUUUUCCCAAUAUGUUAAUAUUAACAGGUUAUAUUAAUGGAAAUUGUACACAAAAUCUUUUAAGUGCAGAGAAAAUGUUGAUAUAUUUUCACUGAGAAGAUCAACUCACUGUGCUUUGAUCAGGGAUGUUCAAGCAUUUGUAUAUGACUGUACACAUACAUGCAGAUGACACAGCAGUAUCACAUAACUAGGGUGCAUUUAAUUUGUAUGAAUAGAAAAACGGGCAGAAAUCAUUAGAAAGGUGAAUCCUAAGUAAAACAGAUGAAUUCCCUGAUUAAAUAGUCUUUCCUUCUCAGCCAGUCAGCAUCCUGCUUCAGCUUGAAUUGGCUCGCGUCAGUUUGAUCACGUUUCUGUUUUUUUCAGCCUCUUAGAGGUCGGGUUCUUAGAGACAGGGCUGCGCUCUGAAAGCCUUCAUGUAAACACAGCAGGACUGAUGAGUGACUGUAACUAAUAUGAUGGCACACAGCUUAUUGAGGGUUUCUUGGGUACCAAAGGAGUUCACCAUCAGAUAUGUGUGUCUGUCAAGAAUCAAGAACAGUUUCCAGUGAAGUGUAUCGAGCAUGUGCCCAUAACUAUUUUUCUUUUUUUCGGCACAUGUGCAAUGUAUGUAGGAGCAGUUCAUGUUUGGAGAUGUAAGCUACACUCUUAUGGUGCUAUCUUAGGCAGUCAUGCACUUUCUGGUCCUGUGUGUAUGCGUGCGUGCGCGUGUGUACUAGCUUUCGGCCAAUGCCAUAAAUACCCCCAACCCCCCACCCAAGCCUCCAUGAAAAAAACACAGCAGCAGUCUGAGUUAAGAGGAACUACACAGCUUCAUGAACCUCACUGAGAUCAUCCACAGCCCGGUUCUUCUCCCCUCAUAUGCACUAUGUUUAGAGACUAUUAUCAUUGUUGUUAUUAUUAUUAUUAUUAUUAUGGUUGUUAUAAAUAUUAUUGUUCCUAUUAUAUUACUAUUAUUACCACACUUAUCAGUGAUUAUUACCAUUGUUAUUUUCUUAAUUAGAAUUCAAUUUUAAAUUAACUUAUAUUUUUUAUACAGAAAAAAAAGUUCGCAUUUUUUGUUUUGUACAGAGCAAAAUUGUGCAUCAUGAAGAAGCGAAUGGUCAUGUAGACCCACUGCAUACUGUUGCCCAAGAUAAAUGAGGAAUGUCUUGACUGUAAAUAUAAGAGCAGUUUUAUUAUAUUUAAUUUUAUUAAAUAUUUCUGAAAAACAA